UGGCGUGACCCCGAGCGCCCGCGUCCCGCCCGGUGCCAGGCCCAUGUGCCCGCUGUCGCGCCCGCCGCUGCGCCCGCUGCUGCGCCUGCUUCCCGUGCCCCGCUGCCCGCGCCGCGCCCUGCCCGCUGCCAUGGCCGUGGCCCUGAAGUCGGUGGACUACGAAGUGCACGGGAUCGUGCAGGGCGUUUGCUUCAGAAGGUACACGGAACAGGAGGCCAACAAAGUUGGAGUGGUCGGCUGGGUGAUGAACACCAGCCAGGGCACCGUCACAGGCCAGCUGCAAGGUCCCGAGGAGAAAGUCAACUCCAUAUUUCCAGGACAGGCACAGACAGAUUUAUCUAUUGGACACGAAGAGUCUGACUCGUCCAAAAGGAAAGAUCUGACACCCAAACCAGCAGCUUCCCAGAAGACGUGGCUGAGCAAAGUUGGCAGUCCUAGUUCUCGCAUUGACCGUGCAAACUUUUCUAAUGAAAAAAAUAUCACCAAACUUGAUUACUCUAAUUUUAGUAUUCGAUACUAAGAGAAAUAAUCAUCGUGCUGCUUAACUAUGCAGUUGGCAUUACAUACAAUUUAACAUAUCUAUAUGAUAAGUUACUAUAUACUAUAAUCUUAGUAGAAUAGGGAAAAUAAAGACAUUUUAUGUUCUGAAAGCUACAUUAUGUUACUAAAAAUGUCUGUCAGAAAGAGUCUUAUUCAAGUAAAGAGUAUUUAAAAACUAAAAUGUCAUUACAAAGUAUUUAAUUAAAUAUUUUUGCCUUGCAGAACCUUUAAUUCUAAUGAAUAUUAUAACAUUAUUUGACUAGGUAUGAAAUAAAGUUAAUUUUUAAAAUUA